AUGGUUGACGGAUUGGAGAUACUGCACGCACCAAAUACUACUACAACCCGCCUUCUACAGAACCCAUUUGACGCCGGGAUAUGGUCAAAUUACACCCGAGAUUUUAAGGAAACCGAGACACCCCCGGCAUGGCAGACAUGGCUCUUCGGGAUGCUAAUCAUCAGCGGUUGCUCAUUUUCGGCCCCACUUGGCAUCCUGUUAAUGCCGCUGUUCAGCAAGAGGCUUUAUGAGAGGAUUAUGACCUUCUUAAUCGCGCUUGGCAUAGGUGCCCUCACCGGUUCCACGAUGUUCGUGAUGAUACCACAGGCCUUCAGCCUGGUCGAGCUCGGGCCGGAAAAUGACGAUAAAGUCAAGUGCUGGAUCAUCAUCUGCGCAUUGUACGCGUUCUUGGCUGUGGACCGUAUUUUAAUGUAUGGUAUCUUGGUGAAAAAGAAACGCGCAAAUCAUCGCAAAAUCCACGUCAGCACGAUUGAAAGUAUCCUAUCGAGGCAGAAUAGUGUUGUGGAUAGACAAAGUGAGGUCGAAAGUGAGGCUGAUGAGAGGGAGGCGAUUAUGGUUGAGCUCGAAGUCGCCAUGAUUAACAACGAUUUGACUAGGCGGCUAUCCACCAGAAGACAAAUCGCUAUGCUACAAACAAAUGAUCGGCUCGAGGGGCGUUCCCCGCCACUCCGCUUCAUGACACCAACAGAAGAACAUAAGAAAUCAUCUGGCUCGCUUGAAAAUUUGACCCACAAUGGAAUGGCUCCCCAGAUAUUGAUUAAUGGCAAGAAGAUGGGAACUAAAAACAAGGACGAUCAAAUCUCGGUCGACAUUAAUAUUGUGGAGAAGAAGGUAAUCCGGUCACCGAAAGAUGAGAUUGCUAAUGUCGCCUACAUGAUAAUUUUUGGGUCUAGCGCUAACAAUUUUGUCGACGGGAUGUCGGUUGGGGCCGCCUUCGCCGACGACAUCAUGAACGGGUUCAGCGUCGGAUCGGCUAUUCUCACUAAUCAAUUUCCCCAGGAAUUAGGAACCUUGGCUAUCUUAAUCAACUCAGGACUGGGCUACAAGAAAGCCCUGCUAUUUAAUUUGAUCCCUAUCGUUCUGUCUUACAUUGGGUUUGGCGUUGGCGUGAUUUUGGAUCGGGUAAAUGAAAGCUACGAUGAUUACAUCUUUGCCCUUUCCGCUGGGAUGUAUUUGUAUAUUUUUCUGGGGACUUUGAUCCCCGAAAUUCGGGACGCAUGCCAAGAAUUGGCAAAGGAAAAUUUGAAGGAAUCACUGCUGGUUACUGUAUUACAGGUACUUGGAAUCGUUGUCGGAAUCGGGUUUGUGUUUAUGAUGGGUGAACUGAAAUCGUCAUCU